AACGGUUGCCGCUUUUUCAUUCACUCACUAGAAGAAAUAGUGCCUGCCCAUGGCCAUGGCAAACAAACAUCAUCUUCUUUCCACUCCACGACUCAACAACAAUGAAGGAUUGAAUUGAUGACUGCGUAAAACAUUCACUCCAGAAAACCCACCAACCAAAUCAUUCUUCAAUUUCUCAGCUUCUCUUGUCUUCUGGUUUCUUCAAUCUACGCUCCAAUGGCUUCCACCUCAAUCGGGACCAAUUUGUCGCCUUCCCACCAUUUCAAGACACGUUCACUCUGUUCUCUCUCUUCCCUCCAAACCCAAUCCUCAUUUCUACCAAAGCCUUGCUUUGGCUCAUCUUUGCGUCGAAUAAGAACUCCCAGGUUGCUUGGCACUGUCCUCUUAGCUCGAGCUGAAGAUAAGGCCAAGAGUUCGUCUUCUUCUUCUUCGGCUCAACAGAAGCAAGCUCAAUUCAACUCCGACAAUCAAUUUCAGGCCUUGACCCCAAGUUCCGGCCAGUGCGAUCCUUUGUGUUCGGUUGACGAGACAAGCUCAAGUGAUUUCGAAGUGAAUUACCAGCCAAAGACUGAUUUGCUGAAAGCUCUUGCAAUAUUUGCAGCAGCUGUAGCAGGGACAGUGGCAAUUAAUCAGUCCUGGGUUGCAGCUAAUCAGGAUCUUGCAAUGGCAUUGUUGUUUGGAAUAGGAUAUGCAGGCAUCAUUUUUGAAGAAUCUCUAGCCUUCAACAAAAGUGGAGUAGGAUUACUGAUGGCUGUGAGCCUGUGGGUAAUACGAAGCAUUGGGGCUCCUUCAACUGAAGUAGCUGUUUCAGAGCUAACACGUGCAUCUGCUGAAGUCAGUGAAAUAGUGUUUUUCAUACUUGGUGCAAUGACCAUUGUAGAGAUCGUCGAUGCCCAUCAAGGGUUCAAGUUAGUUACAGAUAAUAUAACAACUAGAAAACCACGAAUUCUACUCUGGGUGGUUGGUUUUGUGACUUUCUUUCUCAGUUCAGUCCUUGACAAUCUAACAUCUACCAUCGUCAUGGUUUCUUUACUGCGGAAACUAGUGCCUCCAUCAGAAUACAGAAAGCUUUUAGGAGCUGUUGUCGUUAUAGCAGCAAAUGCAGGUGGUGCAUGGACUCCAAUUGGUGACGUUACCACUACUAUGCUAUGGAUACAUGGUCAGAUAUCAACAUUGGAGACAAUGAAGGGUUUGGUUAUACCUUCAGCCAUAUCUUUAGCUGUCCCAUUGGCUCUUAUGUCUCUAACUAGUGAAGUAAAUGGGAAAGGGCAGGACUCUCCUGUUUUGGCAUCUGAACAGAUGGCUCCUCGGGGACAGCUUGUUUUCUCUGUGGGCAUUGGAGCUUUAGUUUUUGUUCCGGUGUUUAAGGCCCUAACCGGGUUGCCUCCGUACAUGGGCAUGCUUCUUGGACUUGGAGUUCUUUGGAUUCUCACCGAUGCUAUCCAUUAUGGUGAAUCAGAAAGGCAAAAGUUAAAAGUACCCCAGGCUUUGUCGCGGAUUGACACUCAAGGAGCACUUUUCUUCCUUGGCAUCCUUUUAUCCGUUAGCAGCCUGGAGGCAGCUGGGAUUCUUCGUGAAAUAGCAAAUUACCUGGAUGCACAUAUUCCAAAUGUCGAACUGAUCGCCAGCACAAUAGGGGUUGUAUCAGCAGUUAUAGACAAUGUUCCACUGGUCGCUGCAACUAUGGGGAUGUAUGAUCUAUCCUCAUUCCCCCGAGAUUCUGAAUUUUGGCAGCUGAUCGCAUUUUGCGCCGGAACUGGUGGAUCAAUGCUAGUCAUUGGUUCUGCAGCUGGAGUUGCAUUAAUGGGAAUGGAAAAAGUGGACUUCUUCUGGUACCUGCGGAAGGUGAGUGGUUUUGCUUUUGCAGGUUAUGCUGCUGGCGUUGCUUCCUAUAUAGCAGUUCAUAACCUCCACUUCUCCCUGCCGACCGAGGUUCCUUUCCUUUCUGGGUUCACACACUAAAGAACCAAGCUUUGCGUGUUCUCUUGCUUAGGAG